AGUAUGAGUGGACAUCAAAGAGCAAGAUCUACAUCUAGAGAAAGAAGAGAUGAUCAAGAGUCUAACCAUCCAGUAGGGGCUGUGGUUGCCCAGGAUCUGCCCGGUGAUGACCAACCUCAACAAGAGGAACCACCAACUGAAAAUCGAGAUUAUGCACGUGGUCGAGAGAGAGAUGAGGGACCACUGGAGUUCCAAGUGCUAGGACUGGCAGCCUAUAUCCGGGAACUGAUUCGGUCGAAGACCGGGGGUGAACGUGGGGAUGGACCUGAUGUCGUGGGAGAAUUUCUGCCAAAUCUGGAGCCUGUGAAAAUACCAGAAGCAGGUGAAGGGCAACCAUCGUUUUAAAUGAAGACAAGCUGAAACCAUACAUGCAGUCUUCAUGUUGGAAACUUGAUGAUUCAAAUUCUCUCAGUAAAGUUUCCAAAUUGUCUGCAAAGAAGUCUUGUGCAUCUUAUUUUAAAAUAGGAAUAAUUAGGUAUUUCAUACCAUUGAAAAUUGUAUCUUUUUUGAAAUUUUAUAUUCUGUUUGAGUUGGUAGAGAUAUACUUUUAUGAUUUUCUCUCCAGAAACCUUGCUACAUAUGCUUAUUAAUUCCAAAAGUUUGUCUGUAGGUACUUUUUGAUUGUCAACAUAUACAAUCAUGCCAUUUGUGAGUAAUAA